GCCUCCAUUUUGCUUUCCGUGUGUAUGUGUGCGUGUGCGGCGUUCGUCUAAACUGGAGAGAAAACAGGAGCGACAGCGGAGGUGCUGAGAAAUCGCUACAGACAUGGACGGGAUAAGUGAUGUAGCAGUCGGAGUGAAGAGAGGAUCAGAAGAGUUGAGUAUGUACAACAGUCCCACCUCUGGCAUGAGUAGUAUCAGUGACGGGGCUUCCAAUGGCAGCGAUAGUAAGAAGCUCAGGGUGGAGGAGGCCCCGCCGUCCCGCGUGAUCCACAUUAGAAAGCUGCCCAACGAGGCUUCGGAGGCCGAAGUCAUCGCCCUCGGCCUGCCUUUCGGCAAAGUCACCAACAUCCUCACGCUGAAGGGGAAGAACCAGGCGUUCCUAGAGAUGGGGACGGAGGAGGCGGCCAUCACUAUGGUUAACUACUACACAACAGUCACACCUCACAUCCGCAAUGUCCCCGUCUUCAUUCAGUACUCAAAUCACAAAGAGCUCAAAACUGAUGCCGGCAAUCAGCGGACCCAGGCGGUGCUGCAGGCGGUGUCGGCAGUCCAGUCGCCCAGCUCGGACGUGCAGGAGGUUCUUGCCGCCGCCUCCAGUCCCGUGCUGCGGAUCAUCAUCGACAACAUGUUCUACCCCGUCACGCUGGAUGUGCUGCAGCAGAUUUUCUCCAAGUUCGGCACAGUCAUGAAGAUAAUCACGUUCACCAAGAACAAUCAGUUCCAAGCUCUGCUGCAGUUCAGUGACCCUGUCAACGCACAGCAGGCCAAACUGGCGCUGGACGGGCAGAACAUCUACAAUUCAUGUUGCACACUGCGUAUCGACUUCUCCAAGCUGGUCAACCUAAACGUCAAGUACAACAACGACAAGAGUCGCGACUACACCCGACCCGAGCUGCCGGCUGGUGACGGCCAGCCCAGCCUGGACCCCACGGUGGCUGCUGCCUUCAGCAAAGACUCCAGCUCGCUCCUCGGUAAGAUCCCAGGAGCCCUGAACCCUCUGAGUGCGGCGGCAGCUGCUGCUGCUGCUGCAGGGAGGGUGGCCCUUGCUGGACAGGCAGGAUCCAGCGGGGUCCUGCUGGUCAGCAACCUGAACGAGGAGAUGGUUACGCCCCAAAGUCUGUUUACCCUCUUCGGAGUGUACGGCGAUGUCCAGAGGGUGAAAAUCCUGUACAAUAAGAAGGACAGCGCUCUCAUUCAGAUGUCAGACUCCAACCAGGCCCAGCUUGCAAUGAGCCACCUGAACGGCCAGAAGAUGUACGGCAAGAUCAUCCGAGUGACACUGUCCAAGCACCAGACGGUGGCGCUGCCCCGCGACGGCCUGGACGACCAGGGCCUGACCAAGGACUACGCCAACUCCCCGCUUCAUCGCUUCAAGAAGCCUGGUUCCAAGAACUUCCAGAACAUCUUCCCACCUUCUGCCACACUUCACCUCUCCAACAUCCCACAAGACGUGACGGAGGACGACCUGCGGCUGCUUUUCUCCAACGCUGGAGGCACCGUGAAAGCGUUCAAGUUUUUCCAGGAUCGUAAAAUGGCUCUGAUCCAGAUGUCCACAGUGGAGGAGGCGAUACAGGCCUUGAUUGACCUUCACAACUACAACAUGGGAGGCAACCAGCACCUGAGAGUGUCCUUCUCCAAGUCCACCAUUUAAGAACGUGACCCACAGACUCGUUAGCAGUACCACGGGUUACUGUGUAGAGGACCGGGCGGACACGGGGGGGAGCAGUGAUGUUUGGGUUUUGUUGAUCCUGUCAUUCCUUGAGAGAGACUUUGAGUUGUUCCGUGAAGCGAUCAAAGUGGAUCCGGUCGGCUGUUCUUAACUGGACCUCUGUGUUUUUGCGUCAGGCAGAAUUUUGACGUGGCUGAUUGUCCCCCUGUACGAUAGCUGGAUGUAGAUCAAUGUUUAACUUCUGAUUUCAUUGAAAAGAUAUAGUACUCCUGUGCCUUACUCGACAAUAUCAACUGUUUCUGCAGCUGGACAUGUUCAUUAAUUACCCUCCUAAUGAGGCACAUCGGUGGUGGAUAUUUUUAGGGGAUGAGUGAGAGCUGUUUUGUCAUCAUCCAGACAUGACUACGGUUGUGAAGCUGUGCCGCCAACCAGGCGCAGCUUUGUUUUCUUUUGUUCCACAGUUUUAGAUUCAUAACAUCUUUCUUUUGAGUUGAGCAGCAGGAGAGCAGACUGUUCCUGAGGCGACAUGUGCGAGUCUUUACAGCAGUCUGUGGCAGCCAGUUUCACUUGAACUCCAUGAUUCCACGGGGAGCGAACGCCGGUUCUCCCUCAGUUCUGACUUUACAAUCCAUGCAUAAGUUAAACUAUCACUAUGUGGCUUGUGGCUGAGUAUUUCUUUAUCUGUGUUUUGAAGCCUUCUAUGCUUUCUCCAUAGCAGUGAGGUGCAGUUGUCGGUGACGAUGUUUUUUUGUUUUUUUUUAAGCAUGCAUAGUGAUGAUAGGAUCUCACAUGAGAAUGUGUUGCAUGCUGUGGAAGCAGUUCCAAGAUGAGUCCACUGUGAUUUCAUGGUCGUGUGACAGUUUACUUGAGAGGGCUACUCAGUUGGACCAAAGUUUCUGUGCCUUUAGUGUUCCUUUAAUUCAUUUCAACAACAAAACAAAUAGCAUUUAAUAACACUGAGUGGUUGCAUUUCAGGGGGAAUGCCUCUAAUUGUGAGUGUUGAGUUGUUCCUCUCUUGUUUUUUAAAACCCAACGAGACCUCCUGCCUGGAGGCGUUUGCUCAGAAAUAAGUUCACUAUAUUUUUUUCUUCCAAGUCCAAUUUUAUACAGCUCAAAAUGUAAGGAUUUGGUAUUAUUCUAAAGAGGCGCAAUUAAAGAAUGAAUCAUUUUCUAACAAGGGGACGUGCAACUUGGUUUCCUGCUUUGUGAGUUUUCCCUCUCAUGGUCUCUCUGGUGUAUUCUGCAUUACCUCUGUAGCAUGCCUAAUAAAACUCUUCUGUAGCUCUGCA